CCGUCGCCACGUUAUUCUACUCAAGCUUUAUCAAAGAAUAUUCUGCCCAUAUUUAUUGAGCGACAACACAGAGUUGUGGAUCAGGAUUGGGCAUGUUAGGCUAGGAAUUGGACGCGUCUGUUAUGGGUAGGCCUAGCAUUUGGAAGGCGGCCAGCUCGUAGAGCUAACCGAGCGUAGAUCUUGGUGGUGUGCCUUGGACGUAUUCCCCAGCGGUGAGGAACAGGAAAGAAUAUCUUGAAGUGUUUGCCGAUUUGGUACGUACGGUCCAGCAAUGGACGACGUGGAGCAUGAGAUAACGACGCCUCCAAAUAGCGAGGAGGAGGAAGCACCACAGAUGAACGAGGGGCAGGAACCUGAGGAACUAGUACUGGUCGAGAAUGGGGUUGCCGCCGUGGAACAGCAAGAGGAGGAAGAGCCGGAGGAGGCGGCUCCAGCAAAGCCGUGCCAACGAUGCUCCAAAACGGAGAAAGUAUUCGAGUUGUCGCUCUGCAAACACGAAGUAUGCAAACGAUGUCUGCCAGCUAAUAUUGCAAACUCCAUGGAGAGCGACAUCGAUGAUGAACGGAGACUAGAACUGGCCGAGGCCGACUGUCCGCUUUGUCAGAAACGUACGAUCUUUCCCGAAGAGGAUGUCGCCUCAUUUCCCCCACCUUUUCAGAAUUUCUCGCCCGUCAAAGAGGUGUUCGACCUUGAGCAUGUCCACAUGUGCGCGAAUUGUUCAGCUGCCAGUGGAACAGAAACAGAGGCUACUGGCCGCUGUAUUGACUGCAGGCUGUAUGUCUGUGAACCUUGCUCAGCUCCCGACCAACAUGGCAGCGGGGAAGGACAACGUCAUCGGAUUUUUACUCUUGAUGAGAUAAAAUCCGGUGGCUCGUUUGAAGACGUUGAGGUUAUCAAAAAGGUUGAUCCCACACAUUGUAAUGCGCACAAGGGAUGCAAAAUUGAGCGCUGGUGCUGUACAUGCGCAUUGGGUAUCUGUGAAUCCUGCCUGAGACAGCACCGUGAUCACGUGAUAUUCGAACUUUCGUUCUUCAUCAAGGAGAUGGAGAAUUACAUCAAACACGAAGGUCAAAGAACUGCGGAGACUCAGGAAUCACUCGCUCAGGCUAUUUCGGAUGCUCAGAAAAACAAGGAAACGAGGAUGCAGGACUUCCAAAGUAUGGCAGAAAAAAUCCUGUCAAUCGCUGAGGCCCGGAAGGCGAGGAUUGACGAGGACACGGGAGCGCUCAUGCUACAGCUCAAAACUCUGAAAGAUGUCUAUGAAAACGAGACUGGACACUGUGAGUCAAAUGUUGUGAAGAAGAACACGGUUUUGGGUGCUUUUCAGCGAAUUAACCAGACGUUGCUUGGCAACGGGAGUGGUAUCACAGACGACCGAAUUAUCAGGAUGUACCAGUUCCUCAGGGCGAAUGAGCAGACGAUAGACCGAGAACUAAAGGAGAUCAACAGCCUUUCGCAUGAUGUCAGAGACAAAUUUGGACGAUCAUGGAGAUUUGAGGAGAACGUACCACUCAUGAUCAGUGGUGGAGAUAACGUGGUCGGGAGGAUCGCUGAGCCCGACACUGCUGUACCAAUCUUCAAAACACUGACGCCAUCGAAGUUUAGACCAGCUGACUCUGUCGUGUACCAGCAAAGACCAGUGCAGGAGCCGACGACAUAUAGGCCAGCAGAUCCUAUCGUAUACCAGCAAAGACCAGUGCAAGAGCCAAUUCCGUCCAGGUCCUUAAAGUCACCUUCACCCUCUCACCGACGCUCCAAAGAGAACCUAACUGGCAUUCCAAAACAAGGGCAGACGGCAAGUCGACCAAGAGCAGAUGAUGACCUGCGCAGAAGCUACACGAUCCACCCAGCGCCAUCUCGUGGUAGUGACAAUAAGGGAAAGAAAGGUCAUCCUAAGGGAACAGGCCCUGUAUCCCCAAAGUUACCCCGACGGAGACAGCAGGAGGAUGCUCUUCGGGCCUCUUACACAGUCUCACGGCAACCGCCCGUCAAGACAAAGUCAGCAGAAGAUGAUAACCAUACCGUGUUUCUUAAAGUUUUGAUCCUGGGAGACCAGGUGGUGGGAAAGACUCGACUACUCCACAAGCUGAUGCACAUGGAAGAGGACAAGGACCCAAGAGCAACACUGGGCCUCGACUGUGGAGCAAGGAAACUGGUCGUCUCAGAAGAUCUAGUGAUGUUCUCACUCUGGGAGCUGGCUGGCAAAGACUCGUACAGAGAUUCGCUGAGCCUGUAUACGAAAGAUAUCCAAAUGUUGCUGAUAGUCUAUGAUGUGGCCCGGCGGAAGACAUAUGAAGAUGCCGAGCUGUGGCUACGGGAAGCCAGGAAAACCAUCCCAGAACGUAUCCCUAUCGUUCUAAUAGGAAACACAGAGCUCAUUCACAACCACCCGGAGUGGAUCAGAAAGAGACAGGUUGACGUACUCGAGGCAGAAGACUGGGCAGCCCGCCAUGGUUUGUAUUUCGCAGAAAUUUCCGUCCGAGAUUCCGCCAAGAAGCUGGAGAAGACAUUUAGGCGGAUAAUGAUAGAUAUCCUGAAGAACGAAAUUGGCUCAAACGGGACUCGUCAACUAGACUACCUCGGACGAAAAUUCCGAAUGACUGGUGCAAGAGAUGAUAGUGUGUGCAGGGUCCAGUGAGAACAGAUUGGUACAGACGAAACUGACAGAUGCGCCGUUGUUCUCCUUGAUUGCAAGGAUGUUUCCCUCCCCGCCGCAUUCUUGGGGGAUUGUGGUAGCCUCCGUUGCUGUUGAGGUGAAAGUGAAGUGAAAGUUUUCUUCAGAUUUUUUCUACUAAAAGUCUUCAUGUAGAGGAAAUCUAACACUUUACAUUCUAUUAGAAACAUGGAUAAACCCACUUUACAUUCGUUUUACGGUAGAUAUCCAUAAAUACUGUCAACCGCCAUAAAUACUGUCAACUACUAAAAGUCUUCAUGUAGAGGAAAUCUAACACUUUACAUUCUAUUAGAAACAUGGAUAAACCCACUUUACAUUCGUUUUACGGUAGAUAUCCGUAAAUACUGUCAACCGCCGUACGUUAUCAAAGUAGGUUAGCACACUAUUUUGCUAUUGUAUAACUAUCAGAUAUUUAUUUGCUUGAAUGACUGUUUAAUACAUAUUUUGACCUUAGGUAUACCAUAUCAACUUGCAUUGGUAUUAGUCGUUUAGAAAUGAAAAUAAUAUAUAUUUUGAAGAUAUGUAUUAUGACCAAAUAAAAUCUUCUUUGAAUGA